UUUCAGAAGUAUCGACAGUACAUGGCAGGACUUCUGGCUCCUCCUUAUGGUGUUAUGGAAACAGGCUCUAACAAUGACAGGAUUCCUGACAAGGAGAACACACCUCUCAUUGAACCUCACGUUCCUCUUCGUCCUGCUAACACCAUUACCAAGGUUCCUUCAGAGAAGAUCCUCAGGGCUGGAAAAAUAGUACGAAAUGCCAUUCUCUCUCGAGCACCUCACAUGAUAAGAGAUAGAAAAUACCACCUAAAGACAUACAGACAAUGCUGCGUGGGGACCGAGCUGGUGGACUGGAUGCUGCAGCAGACUCCAUGUGUUCACUCCCGAACUCAAGCUGUUGGCAUGUGGCAAGUCCUGGUAGAAGACGGUGUUCUCAACCACGUGGACCAGGAGCAUCAUUUCCAGGACAAAUAUUUAUUUUAUCGAUUUCUGGAUGAUGAGCACGAGGAUGCCCCUCUGCCUACAGAGGAGGAGAAAAAGGAGUGUGAUGAGGAGCUGCAAGACACCAUGCUGCUGCUGUCGCAGAUGGGCCCCGACGCCCACAUGAGGAUGAUCCUCCGCAAACCACCUGGCCAGAGGACCGUGGAUGACCUAGAAAUUAUCUAUGAAGAACUCCUUCACAUUAAAGCCUUAUCCCAUCUUUCUACCACGGUGAAACGGGAGUUAGCAGGUGUUCUCAUUUUCGAGUCUCACGCCAAAGGAGGAACCGUGUUGUUUAACCAGGGGGAAGAAGGCACCUCCUGGUACAUUAUUCUAAAAGGAUCAGUGAAUGUAGUCAUUUAUGGCAAGGGCGUGGUCUGCACACUGCACGAAGGCGAUGACUUUGGCAAGUUAGCGCUAGUGAAUGAUGCCCCGAGAGCUGCCUCCAUCGUCUUGCGAGAAGAUAACUGCCAUUUCUUAAGAGUAGACAAGGAGGAUUUUAACCGGAUCCUGAGGGACGUUGAGGCGAAUACAGUCAGACUUAAAGAACAUGACCAAGAUGUCUUGGUGCUGGAGAAGGUCCCAGCAGGGAACAGGGCUUCUAAUCAAGGAAACUCACAGCCUCAGCAAAAGUAUACUGUGAUGUCAGGAACACCUGAAAAAAUUUUAGAGCAUUUUCUAGAAACGAUACGCCUUGAGCCAGCUUUAAAUGAAGCAACAGAUUCUGUUUUAAAUGACUUUGUUAUGAUGCACUGUGUUUUUAUGCCAAAUACCCAGCUUUGCCCAGCUCUGGUGGCCCAUUACCACGCACAGCCUUCACAAGGUACAGAACAAGAGAAAAUGGAUUACGCCCUCAACAAUAAGAGGCGAGUCAUCCGCCUGGUUUUGCAGUGGGCUGCCAUGUAUGGAGACGUCCUGCAAGAGGAUGAUGUGGCAAUGGCUUUCCUGGAGGAGUUUUAUGUGUCUGUAUCAGAUGAUGCCCGGAUGAUUGCUGCCCUCAAGGAGCAACUGCCCGAGUUGGAGAAGAUUGUCAAGCAAAUUUCAGAAGAUGCAAAGGCUCCACAAAAGAAGCACAAAGUUCUUUUGCAGCAGUUCAACACAGGCGAUGAGAGAGCCCAGAAGCGCCAGCCUAUCCGUGGCUCUGAUGAAGUUCUGUUUAAAGUCUACUGCAUGGACCACACCUACACAACCAUCCGGGUGCCGGUGGCUGCCUCAGUGAAGGAAGUCCUCAGCGCAGUUGCCGACAAACUAGGCUCUGGGGAAGGCCUGAUCAUCAUCAAGAUGAGUUCCGGAGGAGAAAAGGUGGUGCUCAAACCUAAUGAUGUUUCAGUAUUUACGACGCUCACUAUUAAUGGACGCCUGUUUGCUUGCCCGCGAGAGAAAUUCGAUUCACUGACUCCCUUGCCAGAGCAGGAGGGCCCAACUGUUGGAACAAUGGGAACUUUUGAAUUGAUGAGCUCCAAAGAUUUGGCAUACCAGAUGACAGUUUAUGAUUGGGACCUCUUCAGCUGUGUGCAUGAGCUGGAGCUAAUCUAUCACACAUUUGGAAGGCAUCAUUUUAAAAAGACCACAGCAAACUUGGAUUUGUUCCUCAGGAGGUUUAAUGAAAUUCAGUUUUGGGUUGUCACUGAGAUUUGCCUUUGCUCCCAGCCUAGCAAGCGUGUUCAGCUCUUAAAAAAAUUCAUUAAGAUCGCGGCCCACUGUAAGGAGUACAAGAAUCUGAAUUCCUUUUUCGCCAUCGUCAUGGGACUAAGCAAUGUUGCUGUGAGCCGCCUGGCACUAACGUGGGAGAAACUGCCAAGCAAGUUCAAGAAGUUCUAUGCGGAGUUUGAAAGUUUAAUGGAUCCUUCAAGAAACCACAGGGCCUACAGGCUGACGGUAGCCAAGCUGGACCCUCCUCUCAUCCCCUUCAUGCCUUUGCUCAUUAAAGAUAUGACAUUUACUCAUGAGGGGAACAAGACAUUCAUUGACAAUCUAGUAAACUUUGAAAAAAUGCGCAUGAUUGCAAAUACUGCCAGAACGGUGAGAUACUGCAGGAGCCAACCCUUCAAUCCUGAUGCAGCUCAGGCUAAUAAAAACCAUCAGGAUGUCCGGAGUUAUGUACGACAAUUAAAUGUGAUUGACAACCAGAGAACUUUAUCACAGAUGUCACACAGAUUAGAGCCUCGUCGACCAUAG